AUUCAAUGCAAGGACUUAUUGAAAUUGAACCUAAAUAAUUUUUAGAAUUUGAUGCUGAAGAGAACAAAUUAGCACAUGCACAAUUAUCCCUCAAAAAUUUGACUUAACAAGAUGUUGCAUUCAAAGUAUCUUUAAAUUUGAAAUAUUAUAGAUAAAAACUACAACACCUACAUUAUUUCAAGUAAAACCAAGUGUUGGUAUAAUUAACUCUAAAUAAACAUAAGUAAUUGAAAUUUCUACAAGUUAACCUAUAAAGAAUGAUGCAAAAUUUGAUCCUAAAUUUUAGGUUAAUGCUUGCUUUAUUGAUUUUCAAGAUUAAGGUAAUUGAUUAUAUAAAAAAUCACUUAGAUUUGAAUCAAUUUUGGAAAAACAAAGAUCAAUCAACUAUUUAAUCGUAAUAAAUUAAAAGCAGAAUUAAACAAAAUAUUUAAUAAGAUGUUUAAUCACACUAAUAAGCACCUGAGUCUAAGAUUAUUGAAUCAAAUUAAAGUAUUUCUUAAUAAUAAGAAUCAAAAAUGUUCAAGUCUGUUAUUGAACCAAAAGCAGAAAAUGAUGAAUAAAUUAAAUAAUAUAAAGAAUAAUUAGAAAAACUAGUAAAUAUUUAUAAAAUUUAAUUAUAUAGUAACAAGAAUAUCAAGAUUUUAGAAAAAAAAUGGAAUAUGAAACUCAAUAAGCAUUAUUAAAAAAAGGUAUACUUCAAAAUAUCAUUAAAUUAUAGAUAAAAGUAAUUUGAGUUUUUCUUAGUUAUUGUUAGCUGUCCUAAUAGCAUUAGUAGCAGGUUAUUUUAUAGGAAAUUGAUUU